AUGAAAUGUGGUAAAUCGCAUGAUCUUGACUUGAUACUCGAUUAUGAGGCUGAACAGGAAGAUAGACGGAAGCACCACAAAUUUGACUCAACUUUAAAGAUUUCGAUCAAGGAUGGUGAUUCUUCAGCUGAUGUAUCCCCUCGUCAUCAUCGGCCACGCUGGAGACUGAACAUUUGUCAUUACGAUUUUCUGCCUAUCGCAGAGGAGAUAACUACCUCCUAUGAUGAAGCUCCUAAUGUGCCACCAAGAAAUAGGAUAUCGUAG